GUGGUACAGAUAUUCACAAAGCAAAUGGAAAAAUUAAUUUAUAUUUCAGAAAGAUAUUUGGAUAAAGAAACAUACAUUUGGAAGAAAUAAAAAUAUAUAAACAGUUAAAACGAUGGGAAUAGAUGAAAUCAAUUCAGAGAUAAUGUACAGAGAGGGAUGAAAGGAGAGGAUGGAUCCCGGGAAUCAAUGACACAAUGAAAUAGAGAAAAUGGUGGGACUGAGGCAACAGGAAGAAUAGCUCUGGAAUUACAUGUCAUGGAAACUAAGACAAAUUUCAAAAACAAUAGAUUGAUUUGCAGUGCUCAGUAAUGCCAAGAGGGUGAUAAAAAUAACUCUUUGAAAAAGACAGUUCCAAAAUAUAAACAACUGAAUAGUAGAGUUUAAGCAUCUCUCCAAAAGCAGCUUAUGUUUACUUUUAUCUCUAAACAAAACUGCGCCUGUAUUAAUUCAGACUUGUGUCUGUCUCACCAGUAAAAUAAUGAUCUCCAAAAAAGGAGAUUUUCUUCCUUGCAUCUAACUUUAUACCCUUUGGUUGCAGUUGAAGUCACUUUAUUCUUCUCAUGAAGAUGGUUGCCACAUUUGGGCAAUGUGAUAACAUACCAGAAAUGCAGAAAUCAUGACUUUGGUUUCUUUUUUCUCUUUCCCCUCCAAGCCAUUGAUAAUGGCACUUAGCAAUUCCAGCUGGAGGCCACCCCAGCCUUCUUUUUUCCUGGUAGGGAUUCCGGGUUUAGAGGAAAGCCAGCACUGGAUUGCACUGCCCAUGGGCAUCCUUUACCUCCUUGCUCUAGUGGGCAAUGUUACCAUUCUCUUCAUCAUCUGGAUGGACUCCUCUUUGCACCAACCUAUGUACCUCUUCCUGUCCAUGCUAGCUGCCAUCGACCUGGUUCUGGCCUCCUCCACUGCACCCAAAGCCCUUGCAGUGCUCCUGGUUCACGCCCAUGAGAUUGGGUACACUGUCUGCCUGAUUCAGAUGUUCUUCAUCCAUGCAUUCUCCUCCAUGGAGUCGGGGGUACUUGUGGCCAUGGCCCUGGAUCGCUAUGUAGCCAUUUGUCACCCCUUGCACCAUUCCACGAUCCUGCAUCCAGGGGUCAUAGGACGCAUUGGAAUGGCAGUGCUGGUGCGGGGAAUACUACUCCUCAUCCCUUUCCCCAUUCUGUUGCGAAAACUUAUCUUCUGCCAGGCCACCGUCAUAGGCCAUGCCUAUUGUGAACAUAUGGCUGUUGUGAAACUUGCCUGCUCAGCAACCACGGUGAACCAAGCUUAUGGACUGACUGUGGCCUUGCUUGUGAUUGGGCUGGAUGUCUUGGCCAUUGGUGUUUCCUAUGCCCGCAUCCUCCAGGCAGUGCUGAAGGUACCAGGGAGUGAGGCCCGACUGAAGGCCUUUGGCACAUGUGGAUCUCAUGUUUGUGUGAUUCUCAUCUUCUAUGUCCCUGGAAUUUUCUCCUUCCUCACUCACCGCUUUGGUCACCAUGUACCCCAUCAUGUUCAUGUUCUUCUGGCCACACUGUAUCUCCUCGUGCCACCUGCACUCAAUCCUCUUGUCUAUGGGGUGAAGACUCAGCAGAUCCGCCAGCGAGUGCUCGGGGUGUUUACCCAAAAGAAUUGAUCUGAACAUAUUCUCAUAGUUUUCCCCAGAGGCGCCUUCUGGAGACACACGUCGAGGAGCCUAUGACUGGUGUAGAUACAUGAAUAUAGACCAUUUUGCAGUGAGCAGUCCUUCUAAUCUUACUAGUGCCAUACUAAAGAACACCCACAGAUACUUGGCUUAUUGGGAUGUACCUGGAUACCUGGAUUUGUGACUAUUUUUGCCAUUUUUUCUUUUGCUUUUGAUUUCAACAUUUCUCUACUCCCUGUGUCAGUAGGACUUGGGGAUAGGAGAAACAGAUGAUAGUUCUGGAUGUGUCAUCUUUUUUGCCUUUGUCCAUUGAUAGGCCGUGCAACAUUGUAAUUGUAAAGUCCCACUCUUUGGUUGGUUUUAGGUUUAGGGUGUCUUCAAAACCUCUAAGUUAGUGCUGGGAGCCCCAGAUCAUUGGCUUCUGUGUACCAAUAGGGUCUCUUCAAAGCAGCUGAGAAGGCCAGUGUAAGAAAACAUCAUUUACUGCAGUAUGGGUAUUACUUAUUUAAAACAAAUGUAAGCGGAGAAGAGGCUGUAAUCGUUUCUAGUAAUAAUGAAAUGUAAUUUCUAUUUUCAAGGAAGAAAUAUAUAUAUGUGUUUAG